AUGAGACGUGGACAGGAGACGUGGACAGGAGACGUGGACAGGAGACGUAGAGGGGAAACGUGGACAGGAGACGUGGACAUGAGACGUGGAGAGGAGACGUGGAGGGGAAACGUGGACAGGAGACGUGGACAUGAGACGUGGACAGGAGACGUGGACAGGAGACGUAGACAGGAGACGUGGACAGGAGACGUGGACAGGAGACGUGGAGGGGAAACGUGGACAGGAGACAUGGACAUGAGACGUGGACAUGAGACAUGGAGGGGAAACGUGGACAGGAGACGUGGACAGGAGACGUGGACAGGAGACGUGGACAUGAGACGUGGACAUGAGACGUGGACGGGAGACGUGGACAUGAGACGUGGACAGGAACGUGGACAUGAGACGUGGACAGGAGACGUGGAGGGGAAACGUGGACAGGAGACGUGGACAGGAGACGUGGGCAGGAGACGUGGACAUGAGACAUGGACAGGAACCUUGGACAGGAGACGUGGACAUGAGACUUGGACAGGAGAUGUGGACAGCAGACGUGGACAUGAGACGUGGACAUGA